AUGCCGUCGUCUUCCACCACCGUGGUCUCCAAAUGCACCGUCAUCCCGCCCCUCAAACCCACCCCCGCCGCCGUCAAAACCCUCAAGCUCUCUGUUUCCGAUCUCCCCAUGCUUUCCUGCCACUACAUCCAGAAGGGAGUUCUCCUCCCCCGCCCUCCUUAUUCCUCCACCGAUCUCAUCACAUUCCUCAAACACUCCCUCUCCCUCGCCCUCUCCCACUUCCCCGCCCUCGCCGGCCGCCUCGUCACCGAUCCCACCGGCCACGUCCACAUCUCCUGCAACGACGCCGGCGUCGAAUUCAUCCACGCCAAAGCAGGCCACCUCUUCCUCCGUGACAUCCUUACUUCAGGGGACGUCCCUGAAUUCGUCAAGGAAUUUUUCCCGUUCGACAACACGAUUAGUUACUCGGGACACUCCCGGCCCCUCGCCGCCGUACAGUUCACGGAGCUCGCUGACGCCGUCUUCAUCGGCUGUGUCGUCAAUCAUGCCGUCACCGACGGGACCUCGUUCUGGCAUUUCUUCAACACUUUCGCUGAAUUUUGCAAAGGGGCGCAGAAGAUCUCGAAUUCCCCCGAUUUCUAUAGGAAGACGGUGUUCAACUCCCCAGCCGUGCUGAAAUUCCCCGCCGGCGGACCGAAAGUUACUUUCUCCGGCGAUGUGCCGCUCCGGGAGAGGGUUUUCCAUUUCAGCAGGGAAGCCAUCUUGAAGCUGAAACAGAGAGCCAAUAGCAGUACCAGCAACGCCGCCGCCGUCAAUUUAAUCGAGAUUCUGGGGAAGCAAGGCAACGAUCACUGGAAAGUCGCCGUCAACGGGGACGGGGACGGGGGCGUCACGAAUAAUGACAACCUGAAGAGCGGCAACAAAACGGCCCCGUUCGAGGUCUCCUCGUUUCAGUCGCUCAGCGCGCAACUGUGGCGCUCCGUCACACGUGCGAGGAACCUGCCGCCGAGCAAGAUGACGACGUUCCGGAUGGCAGUCAACUGCCGCCACCGGCUCGAGCCGCGGCUCCACCCUUACUACUUUGGGAACGCGAUACAGAGCAUCCCGACUCUGGCCCCGGCCGGCGAGCUGUUGGCUAACGACCUGGGCUGGGGCGCGGACUUGUUGCACAAAAACGUCGUCGCACACGGGGAUGCUACGGUGCGGAAGGGAGUAGCGAACUGGGAGAAGGACCCACGUUUGUUCCCUCUGGGGAACUUCGACGGCGCGUCCAUCACCAUGGGUAGCUCCCCGAGAUUCCCGAUGUACAACAAUGAUUUCGGGUGGGGCCGGCCGUUGGCGAUCAGGAGCGGGAAGGCCAACAAAUUCGACGGCAAGAUUUCGGCCUUCCCCGGGAGAGAAGGGAACGGGACCGUUGAUCUUGAGGUGGUCUUGGCACCUGAAACUAUGGCUGGACUGGAGAAGGACGAGGAGUUCAUGCAGUAUGUUUCUGAAAUUAUUAUGAUGUAA